AUGUGUAGUCUAAAAUGGCUGCGAUCUUCUGUUCUCCGACCAAACUGUUCUUUGAUUUACGGCGCAUGUAAUGUUUUUCGUGGCUUAGAAACUGUAAAAGGACGUUACUGGCUUUCUCAUGAAAAGAUCAAACUUUAUCAAAGAAGGGAGUUUUAUCUUUUCUGUUCACGCAAAAUACAUAAUAAUACAAUCCAUUGUCAAAAGCAUGAACCAAUAGUUGCUAAGAAUGAAGAGGCUAGCAAGAAAGAUGCAGACAUAGUUCCAGAACAUUGGGUACCAUAUUUGAUGAACCGUAUGCACACUUUGGAAGAGUCGUCUCGAUUUCAUGGAUACUCAACAUUAAGGUGGGGUGUAUCCAUUCUUGUCUUUACCUUGGUGGUUAUUUAUGCAUGUAGAGACCAGUUGCGUAGCAAUGUUGCUGAUGAAGUUGCAGAUGUUGCAUCCCGAUCAAUGGGUGAUGAGAAUGUUAUGUUGAAAGCACAUGAAAUGACAAAAGGUGUUUUGGAAAGACUUACCACAGAGGAAAAUACUGUUGUGUUUGUCACUAAGUUUCUUACAGCUGUUUUAGAAAAGGAAGAUGUGAAGCAAAGUGCAGUGAUGUUUGUCACUGAUGUCCUUAAUCAACCAGAAAUUCAGGAGAAACUGCAAGAAGUUGUGAUAACUACAUUGAAUUCUCUACUCAACGACAAAGACACAAAAGAUUUGCUUCUUAAUUUUAUUGAAAGUUUAAUACAAGAUCCACAAACAAGAAAAACAUGCAACAAUUUUCUUCAUGCUUUAACUCAAAACCCUGAAGUUCAAGAAAUGUUAUCAGAAUUUCUCAAAAGCAUACUGACAUCAACUUCAUUUCUUAUGGAAGCAGUUACUCUUGGACGUAAUGUGACGCAUAAAGUUAUUGAUGAUGAGGAUAUUCAAAAGCAGACAGGGGAAGCUUUGUGGAGUGCCUUCAAGUAUGGGGUUACUCCAUCUUGGUUUCGUGGAGAAAAUAAUUGGACAAAACUGUUUAAUAUUUAAAAAUCCUAAAGUACAGCUGUAUUUGUGAGUGAUUGUAGUAGAUGAUAUUAAGGUUUGUGUUUUUAAUAUUUAAGAAACAGCACUAAGAAAACUUAUAAAUUACCUAACUUGUCCACACAGA